UUUCACCUCUGUCACUUUCCACGUCACAUCCCUAUCAAUGUUUUACACACACAAGCACACAGAAAACUUAUACCGCAUCUGAAGUUCUCAGUAAUGACUCUGGUAGGAAGAUGGAUGUAACAGGCUUGACACCUCUCCUUAUCGUUACACAGAUUUACAAUGUACUGUCUGUUAAUACUACAUCCAGUCCAGAAUGCCAGCCGUGUCCGCAGGACUCGACAAAGGUUCUAUGUCUUCCUGGUAACGUCACUGUACAAGUGAAGAACAACUCUACGAACACUAGUACUUAUGAGAACAUGACCUGUUACACUAACCUGUCUCCAAACAUGAUCAACGGCUUUGAGUGGCUGAAGAACCAGCAGAAAAUACCUAACGUGAAUCAGAGCUUUUUAGUUCAGAACAUCACACAGAAGACAACAUACACUUGUACUGUUCUGAGUCUGUGUGGAAACUUCAACUCUACAAUUUUUGAAAUAGGAAACAAUGUUCUGUCAGUUAAUACUACAUCCAGUCCAGGCACUAGAAAUCAAUUCCACGUCGUUCUGUUGAUCUGUGGAGUAGGAGCUGUCUUCAUCAUCCUCACAUUCGGUAUCAGCAUGAAGAUUAUGCUAAAGAGAGGAGAAGUUCAAAGGCAGGCCAGGAGGCAACAGAGACAAGCGAUGCAGAGCAAUGAAAGCACUGCCACCACCAUAAGCUACUGGUGAGAGAGGAGGAGAUAGUUAGUGUUCAGAAAAUUGUAAAUAAUGGUUUAAUAAAUAAAUAUAUCAAAGAUCUUUGUAACAUUUGAGAUCAAAACAUGAAUAUGAGACGAUAUAAUCAGAAUUUUAGAUAUAUUUGUAUAAUAUUUCCAUCUAAAUGAAACAAAAAAAUGUGGCAUGUUCUAAUUUUAACAGAUCUGGAUGUGAAUAUAAUAAACUGAACACAGAUCUUUUGUCUUUCGAUCUCAAACUGAAAUGUCUUCAGCACAAAACAAGAAAUAAAUAUUGUGUGUGUGUGUGUGAGAGAGAGAGAGAGAGAGAGAGAGAGAGAGAGAGAGAGAGAGAGAGAGAUAGACAGACAGACAGACAGACACAGAAAAACAGAUAG